UCCGCCCCAGCCAUGGCGGCGCCCGCGUGCGUCUGGCUCGCGUUCGGCUUCAGCCCCGAGGAGGCGGCCGGGGAGCCGGGCCCGGGCCCGGGCCCGUGGCGGCUGGAGGCGGGCCCCGAGGGCAUCUCCCGCCUGUGGCCCGCCUGGAGCUACGUGGUCGUGGAGACCGGCGCGGGGCUGGAGGUGCGGAGCGCGGGGCAGCGGCGGGCGCUGCCGGGCUGGGCCGAGGCGCUGCCGUCCGAGACGCACCUGGUGCUGCGGGGCGCGGCGGCGGCCGGCGCCUGGCGGCGGGGCGCGGAGCUGCUGGGCGAGCCCGCCUGGAGCCGCCCGCUGCCGCCGCAGCCCCGCCGCCCGCUGCCGCUGCUGCCCGGCGGCUUCGCCACGCCGCGGCCGCCGUUCUUCACCGCGCUGCCCGCCGGCCUGCGCGCCCGGCGCCUGGCUCUGGGCACGGAGCACGCCCUGGCGCUGGGCGCCGCCGGCGAGGUCUUCACCUGGGGCGCUGGCAGGCACGGGCAGCUGGGCCACGGGCUGCUGGAGUCGGAGCUGCAGCCGCGGCUGGUGGAGGCGCUGGCCGGGGUGCCCAUGCGGGCGGUGGCGGCCGGCGGGUGGCAUUCGGCCAGCGUCAGCGAGGGAGGAGACCUGUACGUGUGGGGCUGGAACGAGUCGGGGCAGCUGGCUCUGCCCUCCAAAGCGCUGGCAGAGGAGCGAGCGCGAGCUGAGGACACGGGCACAGGGAGCGCCGAGCUGACGGCCUGCCGGGAGCAGAUGGCUACCCGGGAUGCUGCAUUCAUCUCCAUCCAGGCGUUCCCGGCGCUGCUGGAUCUGCCACAGGACCUGGAGGUCAGCAUGGUCAGCUGUGGCUCCCGACACACGGCCGCUGUCACGCGAGGCGGGGAGCUCUACACCUGGGGCUGGGGUAAAUACGGACAGCUGGGGCACGGGAACAACAUCAGCUCUGACCAGGCACGCCGCGUGGAGCAGCUGGUGGCCCGGGGACUGCGGGUGGAGGAGGUGGUGUGUGGGCCCUGGACCACCUACGUACGGGUGCGGGAGCCCUGAGGGCCCGGGGCCGAGGGUGCUGCUGGAUGGGGACGGGGGCAGGCUCUGCCCACAGCUCCGCUCCGUGCUCGGGCCAGGGCAGGCAGGCCCUGCGGCACAGGAGGGGCUGGGUUUGGCCCGCAGUGACCUGGCUCACAGGCCGGCGUGGGGCUGCAGCUGCCUCAGGGCCGGGACACCUGGGGCGGGCUGGAUGUGUUCAUUAAAUUCACUUUUCCAUGA